UUUUGAUGUUUAAGCUGCGGUCACGCUGGACGCGUUUUCGAUUUGGAACAAAAUAAAAUGUUAUUUUAGCAACAAUUUGCAAGUAUUUGAUUGGUCGCGCAAAACCGUGUAUAAACAACAUUGAAAGGUGCGCUUACUUUAAAAUCUCCUUAGACUGCACUUGUUGUAGUUGUAGUUCUGCUUGUUGUUGCCGUUGUUGUCGAGCAGCGUUGAGCGACUUCCCCUCUCUGGCCCCGCCCCCUUCCCCCGGCAUUGCACCUGUGCAUAGAGCGAUUAGAUUAGCAGCGAAAGACUUGCGGCGUUGCCAGACUACGAGAAGACCAACACAACAAAAACAUGGAUCGCAAGGCUGAGCUGGAGCGCAAAAAGGCCAAGUUGGCAGCACUGCGCGAGGAGAAGGAUCGACGUCGUCGCGAAAAGGAAAUCAAAGACAUGGAAGAAGCCGCCGGUCGCAUUGGCACCGGCACCGGCAUCGACAAGGAUCAGCGCAAGGAUCUAGACGAGAUGUUGUCGUCGCUGGGCGUGGCGCCCGUUUCGGAAGUGUUGUCCUCAUUGUCGUCGGCCAAUUCGUUGACAUCCGAUAAUUCCAAUACACAGACACCCGAUGUCAGUCUGCAAGCCACCGUAAAUGGACAAGGCAGCGUUGGCAAAAAGCAGCAGCCACUUAAUCUGAGCGUCUACAAUGUGCAGGCAACAAACAUUCCACCAAAGGAGACACUCGUCUAUACGAAACAAACACAAACCACCAGCACCGGAGGUCACGAGCGUGAUGUUCUUUCUUGCCACUCAUCGCCUCUGUCAGGAUAUAUGGAGGACUGGUGGCGUCCACGUAAAGCUCAUGCUACGGAUUAUUAUGAUGAAUACAAUCUUAAUCCGGGUUUAGAGUGGGAGGAUGAAUUCACAGGAGAUGACGAAGAGAGCUCGCUUCCCCAUUUGGAUCACGGCUUCAGCUCCAAGCUGCCACCAGGCUAUCUCAACCAUGGACUGCCCACCGUCAAGGACGUGGCGCCCGCCAUCACGCCCCUCGAACAGAAGAAGGAGCAGGAGGAGAAGAAGGAAGUCAAGGAACUGUCGGAGGAGCAGAAGCAGAUGAUCAUCCUGUCGGAGGACUUUCAGCGAUUCGUCUUGCGCGCCGGACGCGUCGUGGAGCGUGCGCUCUCCGAGAACGUGGACAUCUAUACGGACUACAUCGGGUGCGGGGACAACGAGGAGGCGAAUGACGAACGCUCCCAUGCACGGCUGUCGCUGAAUCGGGUGUUCUACGAUGAGCGCUGGUCGAAGAAUCGCUGCAUCACGAGCAUGGAUUGGUCGACACAUUUCCCUGAACUGGUUGUGGCCUCGUAUCACAACAACGAGGAGAGUCCCAAUGAGCCGGAUGGCGUUGUGAUGGUUUGGAAUACCAAAUUCAAGAAGCAAACGCCCGAGGAUGUUUUCCAUUGCCAGAGCGCCGUCAUGUCCACCUGCUUUGCCAAGUUCAAUCCCAAUCUGAUACUCGGCGGCACAUAUUCGGGACAGAUUGUCCUCUGGGACAAUCGCGUCCAGAAGCGUACCCCCAUCCAACGGACACCAUUGAGCGCAGCGGCCCACACACAUCCCGUGUACUGUCUGCAAAUGGUUGGCACACAGAAUGCGCACAAUGUCAUCUCCAUAUCGUCGGAUGGCAAGUUGUGUUCGUGGUCGUUGGACAUGUUGUCCCAACCGCAGGACACAUUGGAGUUGCAGCAACGUCAGUCGAAGGCCAUUGCAAUCACAUCGAUGGCAUUCCCGGCCAAUGAGAUCAACAGCCUGGUGAUGGGCAGCGAGGAUGGUUAUGUCUAUUCGGCCUCACGUCAUGGCCUGCGCUCGGGUGUGAAUGAGGUGUUUGAACGUCACUUGGGACCCAUCACUGGCAUCUCGACGCAUUACAAUCAAUCGUCACCGGACUUUGGGCAUCUGUUCCUUACCUCCUCCAUUGACUGGACCAUCAAAUUGUGGUCCCUCAAGGAUACACGACCUUUGUAUUCGUUUGAGGACAACUCGGACUAUGUGAUGGACGUCGCCUGGUCGCCCGUUCAUCCCGCCCUCUUUGCGGCUGUCGAUGGUAGCGGUCGUCUCGAUUUGUGGAAUCUCAAUCAAGACACCGAAGUACCAACAGCCUCAAUCGUUGUCGACGGUGCGCCGGCGCUCAAUCGCGUCUCGUGGACCCCAUCCGGGUUGCAUGUCUGCAUUGGCGAUGAGUCCGGCAAACUGUAUGUCUACGAUGUGGCUGAGCAUCUGGCGCAACCGUCGCGCGAUGAAUGGUCGCGAUUCAAUGCCACGCUUAACGAGCUCAAGAUGAACCAAAACGAUGAGGUCUAAGAGAAGUUCCCUUUUUUCCACCCCCUCCAAAAAACCAUCUUCCGCUCCUCCAACCCAAAAAAGUUCCCCUCACGGGAAAACAAACACAAAGGAAAAACAAAAAAAGAAUAACUAAUAACAACGUUGAUAUAUAGUAGGAUGAGUUGUCUGCUCCCAUCUCUAAGCAAUUGGAGUUAUAUUCAUAGAUCGUUACGCUUGAGUCAGUGUUGGAAAGCGUGGACAAGGAGUAGAAAGGAGCAGUAGAACACCACACACACACACACACACGCGAUGCAAACAAAAGACUAUAUAUUUGUAUUUGUAUUUUUUUUUUGGGAAUUUAAUAUUUAAUUGUAUUUACAUAUAUAUUUACUAUAUACUUUAUGUAACUACUCGUGCUAUAUUAUUAGUUUCCGCUUCCGUUGCUUCCUUCCCUUCCCUUCCCUAUUCCAUCCCCCGCACAGUGGUGAAGUUCAUGAAAUGAAAUUCAACACAUGAGAACUCGAAAAACGAAGUUCACGCGUUUUGGUGAAUUUCAUCAAAUGAAGUUCAACACAAGAAGAUGAAGAGAACUCAAAUCGAGUUAGAAGAGAACUCAGAAAAAAAAGAAUCCUGCUAACAUUUUUGCAUUGGUAUUGUAAUUUAUUUUGAUACAAAUAUUAUUAUAGAUAUUAUUAUUAUUAUUAGAAGUGAUUUGAUCUUUCUGUUUUGCAUUUUCCUCUCUCGCGCCCUGUGUAUAAAAAAAAAAACAAAAACGAAAAGAAGAAAACUAAAAACGAAUCGAAAAAAGAAAA